GACCAGUCUUGAUGAAAAAAAUCCUCUGACUAGUUUACAGUAUGCAACCGGCCCCUGGGUGAAAAAUCGAACAAAUAAAAGUCCUUGAAGCUGUUUUCCAACUCUGCAAUACUAUCAAAGUACAGUCUACUGUCCCUCAGGUGGAGGUGUUCAUGAACUCUAUGCAUGCUUAUUUCCUUGAAAAAUAGGGCAUGAAAAAGGGGGUGGGGGAGCAAUCAUUAAUUUGUUGAGUUACUUCAUGUCAUGGGCUGUGGCUUGUGUUGAAGCAUAUAAAAACAGAUAGAGCACUUGGAGUCUCUUGAGUGCAUCUUCAAGGAUUACAACCUUUCCCGAGUUUCACCAGAUUUUCACUCCGGUAGUCAUGUUCCUCAGCAUUGCGCUCAUUUGGGCUGUGGUGGUAGGGCUCUGUUGUUGCCUCUGGCUUAUCACAGGAUUUCGCAGAAGACAACCCGGCGAGCCUCCACUGGAAAACGGAUGGAUCCCUUACCUUGGUUGUGCUCUUCAGUUUGGCGCCAACCCUUUGGAGUUCCUCCGCAGCAGACAGAAGAAAUGCGGACACAUAUUUACAUGUAAGAUUGCUGGGCAGUAUGUCCAUUUUCUUUGUGAUCCCUUCUCCUACCAUGCUGUCAUCCGCCAAGGGAGGCAUCUGGACUGGAAGAAAUUUCACUUUGACGCCUCCGCAAAGGCAUUUGGUCAUGAAAGCAUGGAUCCCAGCCACGGCUACACCACAGAAAACCUGCAUAAGACCUUUCUCAAAACCUUACAAGGAGAUGCCCUGCCGUCUCUCAUUGAGACCAUGAUGGAAAACCUGCAGAGCACAGCGCUGCAAUCGGGCGUACUCAAAGCCAAACCCUCAGAGUGGCAGGUCGAUGGCAUUUUCGCCUUUUGCUACAAGAUCAUGUUUGAAGCAGGCUACCUGACCCUCUUCGGCAAGGAACUGGAUGGAGACAAGAGCGUCGCACGUCAGCAGGCUCAGAAAGCGCUGGUGCUCAAUGCUCUGGAGAACUUCAAAGAGUUUGAUAAGAUCUUUCCCGCUCUGAUCGCCGGGCUUCCCAUCCACGUUUUCAUGAGUGCCCACAGCGCCCGUGAGAACCUGGCCAAGACUUUGCUCCACGAGAACCUGAGCAAGCGCGCCAACGUGUCUGACCUCAUAUCCCUGCGCAUGCUACUGAACGACACGCUGUCUACCUUCAACGAGCUGAGCAAAGCCAGGACUCACGUGGCCAUUCUGUGGGCUUCUCAGGCCAACACUUUACCUGCCACCUUCUGGACCUUGUUCUAUAUGAUCAGGUGCCCUGCGGCGCUGAAGGCAGCGAACGAGGAGGUGAAGAAAAUAUUUGAAAAUUCUAACCAGAAAAUAGAUCCUAGGAAUUCUCGACUUGUACUGACAAGGGAACAAUUAGACAACAUGCCCAUUCUAGACAGCAUCAUUAAAGAGGCUAUGAGACUGUCCAGUGCAUCUCUGAACGUCCGAGUGGCCAAGGAUGACUUUCUCCUUCACCUGGACAAUAAAGAAUCUUACCACAUUCGUAAAGAUGAUGUCAUAGCUAUGUACCCCCCCCUACUUCACUUUGACCCUGAAAUCUAUGAAGAUCCACUGACAUACAAGUAUGACAGAUUCCUUGACGAAAAUGGACAGGAGAAGACCUGCUUCAACAGGAACGGUCGCAAACUUCGUUACUUUUACAUGCCUUUUGGAUCUGGGGUCACUAAGUGUCCGGGUCGCUUCUUCGCUGUGCACGAGAUCAAGCAGUUUUUGUCUUUGAUUCUCUCGUAUUUUGAAAUCGAACUCUUGGACUCGGAUGUUAAAAUACCACCACUGGACCAGUCCCGGGCCGGUCUGGGUAUUCUGCAGCCAACCCAUGAUGUCGACUUUCGCUUCAGAAUGAAAACUCAUUGAGGAGCAUUUAUUUAUUGACUCGACUGUGAAUUGUAAAUAAUGUAAAUUUCAUGCCAUGUCCGGCCAGACAAAUGUACAUAUAGGUUUCAGCCUGUGUUCUUUCUAUUCAAGAUGAUUUAAAAGGGAUUUUAAAAAGUUUUAAAGAAAACACACAGGUCUUCUUAUACAAUUUUCAGUAACAUUUACUGUUUGUGAGCUUUGUGUCUUAACAAAACUUAUACUUAGAUCUUUUAAAUAAUGCUGAAAAACAGGCUUCAAGAUUUACUUGAUUACAUUUGUACAUUUAAAUGGAUUUAGUUUUUUACUUCUAAAGUUGUUUGUACUUUACUUCUAAACCUUGAAAUGAUCAUUGUUGCUCUAUUUCAAUGAGAAAUGUGCUUCUGUCUCAUGAAUGUUCAUGUAAUGAGUGUUAAGGAGAUGUUUUGGCUAUUCAGAGCAAUUAAAUAACCUGUAAAAAAAAGAA